UUGACGGGAAUCACCUACAAUCAUCUCCCUUUGACCUGGUCCGCCCCCUGUUUCAUUGGCAAGUUUCCCGAAGCUCAUCCCGACAUUGUCUCUUUCUUGUCGAGGAAAUCGAGACGGAUGGAGAUCCGAAAGCUGGUGGGAACCAAUCGGGAAGAGUGUGAGCGCGCCGAGCCAAACUUGAUGACACCAUCAGGAUCCACUUGAGAUCCCCGUGGGGAAUGGAAAUGGAGUUUGGGGUCUGCGCCAGGUGAUGUGGGUUUGAGAGCAGAGAAGAGGAGCCAUUCAUGGUGAUCCUUCUCCCAGGACCACAUCAACCUGCAAGCAUCUCACAUGUGUGCUCACGCUUCCAAGCUGAGACCCGUCUUGGUUUCGUCUCAAGGAAAAUGGUUUGUGUGAUUGGUAUUGAAGAAAUCUCACUGAUGGAAGCUGUUCCUCGACAUGAAAGUUUGGUGGGGCGCAAUUUCUCAGAUGGUGCUGCAGAUUUGGACCUGUUGGAUCAGCUGCUCUCAAGAGAUGGUUGGUUGGAAUUUCCUGAUUGCCCUGAUGUCUUGCAAGCCGGUACUCCUUGCUCCAUGAGCCCCUUGAGUUCUUUGAGCUUUUCGCCGCUUUUUGAGGUCAACAAUAGCAGCUCUAACCCGGAUCGGCUGGAAAGUUGUAGCCAAGAUGACAUAGGAAGGUCAGUUGUAUCUGCUUGUCCACCAGGGGAUGAAACCCUCGCUGAAAAUUUUGAUAGAACACAAUCCCCCAAUUUAAAUUCCACUGGACAGUUAAUAUUCUCGAUCCACUCUGGUGUUGUAAGAACAGCAGAUCUGAGCUCGAAGCCAGGAACAAGGAGGUCGAUUCAACCGAGUGACUCCAAUUUUUAUGUAAAAGAGAGAUUCAUGCAGGCGCUUUAUCACAUCAAGGACGCUCGGAGGGACAGCGAAGUUCUAGUUCAGUUAUGGGUGCCUGUAAAGAGAGGAGACCAACUGAUUCUUACAACCUAUAGUCAACCUUUCUCUCUCAAUCCAAACUGUGAGAAACUCAUGAAUUAUAGGGAGGUCUCCACAAACUACCAUUUCUCAGCCCAGGCGAACUCUGGCAAGGUGUUAGGCUUACCUGGCCGGGUGUUUCUAGGAAGAUUGCCUGAAUGGACACCAGAUGUUCGGUUCUUUAGCAGCUACGAGUAUCUGCGUGUGGAUUAUGCUCAGCGGCUUGAUAUUCGUGGCAGUAUAGCAAUUCCUGUUUUUGAUCAGGGUAGUCGAUCUUGCUUGGGUGUUGUGGAGGUUGUAAUGACCACCCAAAAGUUAAAUUACUCUGUUGAACUCGAGAAAAUCUGCAAUGCUCUCCAGGCAGUUGAUCUUAGGAGCUCUGCAGUUGCGAGUGUUCCUCGCUUUGAGGUAGGUAGUGGUUCAUACCAAGCUGCUUUACCUGAGAUCCUAGAGGUCCUAAAAGCUGUUUGCAGGAUGCACAUGUUACCAUUAGCUCAAACUUGGAUUCCAUGCAUUCAACAAGGUAAAAGAGGCAUCCGCCACUCAGAUGAAAACUACAGGCACUGUGUCUCCACAUCUGAUGCAGCUUAUUAUGUGAAUGACCCUUCUAUGAUUGAAUUUCAUGAGGCCUGUUCUGAGCAUCACUUGUUGAGAGGACAAGGUGCGGCAGGUAGAGCUUUCACCACCAAUCAACCAUGCUUUGUGUCGGAUGUUACUGCUUCCAGUAAGACGGAGUAUCCGCUUUCUCACCAUGCCAAGAUGUUUGGUCUGAGAGGUGCAGUUGCAAUAUGCAUGCAAAGUAUUCUGUCUGGAAAUGUUGACUUUGUAUUGGAGUUCUUUCUACCCACCAAUUGCAUACUGAUUGAAGAACAGAAACAGAUGCUUGAUUCAUUGUCAGGCACUAUACAACAAGUUUGUCGAACUUUAAGUGUUGCCAAAUCUAAGGAGCUAGCAGAUGCGAAUAUGUUACAAAAGAAUGAAAUGAUUCCACAUAUUUUGUUGGAGAAAUCUUUUUCCGAGGCACAACCAGCUCAAAAAUAUGACCCUGUCACUUCACUCGAUGCUCGUACAAAGAAAUUGCAUAGGAAUUUACCACCUUGGUUCACAAGUACGAUGAAAAACUCGGUGAAUAAAAGGGGCCACACUUUCAAAUUUAAGAAGUCUGAAGCUGAAGGAUUUAGUAUCACAACUGACAGAGGUUAUACUGAGGAGGUAUUGCCUGCAGCAGAGAUAUUCUUAAAGCUUGGGCAUCAUCGAAAAGGCUUGUCUAAAGAUGUAACCGAUAUUGAGAAUUCUUCUAAUUUUAAUAGCACCUGUUCUGAGGCUGCAAAAACAACAGCAAAAAGGCGCAGAAAAUCUGAGAAAACUGUCAGUUUGGAAGUUCUUCGUACACACUUCGCUGGUAGCUUGAAAGAUGCUGCAAAGAACAUCGGUGUGUGCCCUACCACUCUAAAAAGAAUAUGCAGGCAGCAUGGGAUAACACGUUGGCCUUCGCGGAUGAUCAAAAAAGUCGAUCACUCUUUACAGAAACUGCGAGUGGUUAUUGACUCAGUUCAUGGUGCUGACAAAUCCAUUCAACUCAGUUCCCUGUAUAAAGAUUUCACAACAGUAUCUGUGUCAGAUACAAAUUCACCAGGAGACUUUGAGGUUUCCAAAUCAAAUCAAAAUGAUCAUCCAAAUGCUGACCAUCAAUACCUAGAUGCUGAAUUGAACCAUCCUUAUUUAUCAUCUUCUCACUCAUCAACAUCGCGCAGUCAAACUUCCACUUCAAAUAUAUCAUCUUCAUCUGGGAAAAAGAAGUGUACUCAGCCUUGUGAACCCAGAAUGAUUCGGGAAGUUAACCUGGAGGAAAAAGUUGUUCAUAUUCCUCAGGGAGCAAAUAGUCAGAUUGGUUUGCAUCUUUCAGCUCAAAGCACACAGCUAUGUCCUGGUAGAUUUGAAAGUCAAAAGUCACCUGGUGAGCAUUGUUCUCCUCCAAGUUUGUCACUUUCAGAUAAUUAUAAAGUCAGUUCUAUUAGAGUAAAAGUUAUGUAUGGUGCAGAAAAAGUUAGGAUCAGGUUACAUCCCACUUGGGGCUUCAAAGACUUGAGACGAGAGAUCUUAAAGAGGUUCAAUAUAGGCAAUAAAAAUUCAGUGAAUCUCAGGUAUAUCGAUGAUGAGUUAGAAUGGAUUUUACUGACAUGUGAUGCGGAUCUUCAGGAGUGCCUUUGUAUCUACAGAUCAUCAGGUGCUCGGACAAUAAAAAUUACUUUACAGUCAAUUGAUAAUCCACCAAUUAUAGUAUCUUCACGCAGCACAGGGCUCAGUUUCUGAUUUAGAUCCCAAUCUCAAGCAAAGUUUGUAUUCAAGCUACGAAAUUUUACAGGAUAGAAUGAUAUUUUCAGUGAUCUAUGGCAAAAAAAGAAAACUGGAUUUUGGGCUGACUCAAGGCACAUGCUAAAGCUCCACAGAGAACAUUAAGAAAGCAGUUUAAAGAUAGAAAGAAUGCGAGAUAGCAUGAUCAUCCUCUUUGAGGCCACAGUUUGAAGGUGCUGGAAUUGCUUAAAAUUGGUAGAAGCACAAAUCGAGGGACUUGAGUUUCUACUGAAGCUUGGAGGACUUGGAGAUCAGUUUUUGGGUUGUGGUAGGAGUUUGAAGAUGUUAUUUUGAUGUGGUGAGUAGCAAUUACAUUGAAAUAAUGUAGAGUGGUCAUCUUAAGAGGCUCUGAUUGAUCUUGAACUGAAUGAACUACCUGUAAGAUAGUCACUUAAUUAACAGGUUUUUAAAGGGGAUUACACAAAA